UUCUUAUUCUUAUUUUUUAGAGAAGAAAACAAAAUUAGAAGUACCAAAAUAGAAUGUGUAUAGCAGUGUUUAUAUGGCAAGGUGAUAGUAGAUAUUCAUUAGUGUUAUUGCUUAACAGAGAUGAAUAUCAUAAUAGGCCAACAAAGGCAGUUCAUAGGUGGGAAGGUGGAGAAAUUGUUGGUGGUAGAGAUGAAGUUGGUGGUGGUACUUGGUUGGCUUCUUCAAGAAAUGGUAAAUUGGCUUUUCUUACUAAUGUUUUGGAAGUUGAUACUAUUCCUCAUGCCAAAACCAGAGGUGACCUCCCUGUCCGGUUUCUUCAGAGCACAAAAAGUCCAAUGGAGUUUGCAAAGGAGUUGGUGAAUGAAGGGAAUGAAUACAACGGAUUUAAUUUAAUUUUAGCAGACAUUGAAACUAAGAAAAUGGUGUACGUAACAAACAGGCCCAAAGGUGAGCCCAUGGUCAUACAAGAAGUCCAUCCAGGUAUUCAUGUGCUGUCCAAUGCAAAACUGGACUCUCCUUGGCCCAAGGCUCAGAGGUUGAAAUUGCAUUUUAAAACAAUGUUGGAUGUAUAUAGAGCAAGUAAUGAACAAAUUAGCGUCAAAGAGAUGAUAGAAAACUUGAUGAGGGACACCACCCAAGCUGAGAAAAGCAAAUUGCCUCGUAUUUGUUCUUCAGAUUGGGAGUUGGGACUUAGCUCCAUAUUUGUCGAAGUAGACACUCCAUUGGGGGUUUAUGGCACUAGAAGUACAACAGCAUUGACAGUUGAAGUGGGAGGAAAAGUAAGCUUUUAUGAGUUGUGCCUUGAGAACAACUUGUGGAAAGAGCAAAUUGUCAACUAUUGGAUUGAAAAGCUCCAAAUGCAAUAGAUGUCAAAUUUCAUAUAUUUGUUGGACAAUUGAUGUUGAGAUACGUUGCAUUUUCAUGUUUUGUUUUCUAAUUCAAAUAACAUCAAGUGACUAUUGUCUUUGUA